GUACCGAACGAAUAAGUACCGGUGCGGCGCUGGGCGGACUGCAGCAGGCGCGUUGGGUCGUAGGCUGGAGGUUUUGUGAUGAAGUGUGUUUUGUUUGUGUCGGUUCUGGUUCUUUGGGCGACGAAGGAGAGCGUCUGUAAGCCAGCCUGCAGGUACCCUCCGUCCCAAUGGUGCAGCUCGUACGAGAUAGCCGUCUCCUGCCAGGUUGAGAAGCAAUGUGUUGAGUUCAACAGGAGCCAGAGUGAAGCUCCAGUGCAGGUCAGCCUGUACUAUGAGAGUCUGUGUCCUGGCUGCAGAGGCUUCCUUGUCAUGCAGCUGUUUCCCACAUGGAUUUUGCUGAUGGACAUCAUGAACGUUACACUGGUGCCCUAUGGGAAUGCACAGGAGAAGUUUGAUGGUAAGCAGUGGCAGUUUACAUGCCAGCAUGGUGAAGAGGAGUGUCUUGGGAACAUGAUUGAGACAUGCAUAAUGGACAUUCUGGGUGAUGCUAAUAAAUACUUCCCAGUCCUCUUCUGCAUGGAAUCCUCUCAAGAUGUCAUCAAGUCAGGAGAAGCUUGCCUGAAACUGUAUGAACCCACCGUGCAGUGGGAAUCCAUUGUGACAUGCGUUAAAGGAGACCAGGGAAACAAACUGAUGCACGCCAACGCACAGCUGACUGACACUCUGAAACCAGCCCACCAGUAUGUGCCCUGGGUGACUCUCAAUGGGGAGCACACAGAUGCAAUGCAGGAUAAAGCCAUGAGUUCUCUCUUCAAUCUAGUCUGCAGUACAUACAAGGGUGAGAAGCCUGUCGCAUGCACAGGAGAAACGAAGACAAAGCCCACUACCUACUGUAUGAAUUAAGAGCUGCCUAGCGCAGUGAAAUGGGAUAGUUUUUAAACUGCUGAUUUGUGUAAUCAAGCAUUACAUUCGCACUACUUUAAGAGGGGACAUUGUUCAGUACAAAGUAACCACAGGUGCAUUUUCUGAAACCACGAUGCUUUCAUUUUACUAAAUAAAUAUUCCUGUUUCCAAGACUUCAAAAAUAUAAUACAAGUAGUAUAGUGUGUUUGUGUUUUUUUAUUUUUUAUUUGAAUUUAUACAUUUUCCAGUCUUAUUUUCUCAUUUUUACUUUGAUAGAAGUAAUUGGUUUUCAUUACCAGUUUACUUCCUGUGUUACACCAUAAUAGGACCGUAUCUGAUCCCUUGUUUCCUGUGUACAGUAAGUGUAAGGUGCAGAUGGAGUCCUAUUUCAUGUAACACAGGAAGGAAGUUGAUUUGUCUAGAAAAUUUGAGUUUCACCUCCAAAAACAUCAACAGCAAAAUAUGAAGGACUUGUGCUAAUGUUCUGUUAAUAAGAAGUACAUGUUUUCAUCCAAAUUAAAUCUCUGCAGUUUAGGAAUCUCCGGUAUACCAGCGCUGUUAAACGUGUCUAGGAACUGCCUUGAAUUGUAUUAGAAAUGUAUAUUUUUGUGUUUACGGAACACUACCACAGGUUUUUAUCAACUUGCACAGGAAGUGAAUUUAUAGUGUGGUGGUAGAAUAAGUGAGCUUCCACAGACAACUGGAAACUAAUGUUUCACAACCACUUAAUGGUUGUGUUUCUUUUCUUUUUUUUGUAAUACUCUUGCAAUAUAUUAAUAAAUGACUUUUUGUAUGAUUUAAA